AUGAAAUAUUGCUUUUUUCUUGUGGCCGGUUCCGAAACGACAUCGACAGCAUUGUCAUGGUUUAUUCAUCUCAUGAGUAAAAAUCCGCGUGUUCAAGCAAAAAUCAAAGCCGAACUCGACGACAAUCGGCAAAACUAUUUGUCUAUUGAACAGCUCGACUUCCUUGAAUACUUGAAUUGUGUUAUUCAAGAAGUACUUCGGUUUGUUCCACCUGCCAUUUCCACAAUUCGCAGUGUCACUACCGAUGAUCGAUUACCAGCCAGUGGAGCUCAGUUAUAUAAAGGCGAUGAAGUAAUAAUUAAUAUUUACAAUUUAACUCGAGAUAAACGCUACUGGAAAAUUGAUCCAGAUUUGUUCUAUCCUGAACGAUUUCAAGGUGAAGACAAAGAUCAUCAUUUAUAUGCAUUGAUUCCAUUUGGUGGUGGUCAUCGACAAUGUAUUGGGCAAGACCUAGCUCGACUAGAGCUGAAAGCAAUCGCAGCUAGACUAAUGCAACAUGUUACGUUCGGCGAUGGUGGUCCACAAGUCAAUGCAGGUGGACACAACCAAAAACUUACAUUAGUGCCAAAGAAUGUUGGUGUUACAAUAACUUCCGAUUAA